AGACACCCGAGAUAGAGUGAAACCGAGACGAACGGAACGGCGAAACCGACGGACGGCGGACGGCGGGAUUCGCGGAACGGGAGCGAGUGUAGCGCGCGUACCGCGGCGGGAUUCGGGGCGCUUUUCGAACGGCGACGGACCCGCAGCGGUAGCGGCGGCGGCGCGGUCGUAAACAACGACGGCGACGAGGACGACGUCGUCGCGGCCGUCGGCGCCGGUCGCACGGUCGCUCUCGCGACUAACUCGAUCGUCGCGAACCGUCGUCGUCCGUCCCCAUCCGUAUCGCGAUCGUCCUACCUCUCGCUCAAUUCCGCGACCGCCACCGCCACCGCCGCCGGCACGACCCGAGAAGGUGACGACGGGCCCGGACAGCCACCGUUAGACGUGGAAGGAAAAAACGGUGAGGAAGGCGAUCCGCGCGUGUCCUUCCCGUGGUGUGUCAUGGGGUGUUUCGGCAGCCAGAGCAGUAAGGCCAGUCAGGAUGAUAGCAAAAAUCAGAAGAGGCGAUCCGACGCUAUCACCAGACAGCUGCAAAAGGACAAGCAGGUCUAUCGAGCAACGCACAGGCUACUCCUGCUCGGAGCGGGAGAGUCCGGCAAAAGCACGAUCGUCAAACAGAUGAGAAUACUGCACGUCAAUGGUUUCAGCGAAGCAGAAAAGCGACAGAAGAUCGAAGAUAUUAAGAAGAAUAUUAGGGACGCCAUUUUGACGAUAACCAGUGCGAUGACUACGUUAACACCGCCCGUUACGCUGGAAGAUCCGUCGAACCAGAGUAAAGUGGAUUACAUCCUGGAAGUUUCAUCUUCUCCAGACUUCGAUUAUCCUCCGGAAUUCUACGAAAUCGUCGAAACACUCUGGAAAGAUCGAGGCGUUCAGCAGAGCUUCGAGAGGAGUAACGAGUAUCAACUCAUCGACUGCGCCAAAUAUUUCCUAGAUAAAGUAGCCAUCGUAAAACAGCCGGAUUACACGCCCACAGAACAGGACAUCCUCAGGUGUCGAGUCCUCACAUCCGGCAUUUUUGAGACGCGGUUUCAGGUCGACAAAGUAAACUUUCACAUGUUUGACGUCGGUGGUCAACGGGACGAAAGAAGGAAAUGGAUACAAUGCUUCAACGACGUUACAGCAAUUAUAUUCGUCACGGCGUGUAGUAGUUACAAUAUGGUACUCAGGGAAGAUCCUACAAAGUUGAGACUCAGGGAGAGUCUCGAUCUUUUCAAAAGUAUCUGGAACAAUCGGUGGCUCCGCACAAUCUCGGUGAUUCUGUUUUUAAACAAGCAAGAUCUUUUAGCGGAAAAGAUCAAGGCUGGCAAGCACAAAUUGGAGGAUUACUUUCCGGAAUUUGCGCGCUAUCAAACACCGAUCGAGCCCGGAAUGGCCACGGAUCCCCCAGAAAUACCCGAUGUCAUAAGGGCCAAGUACUUUAUCAGAGACGAGUUUCUUCGCAUAAGUACGGCAAGUGGCGAUGGCAAGCACUAUUGUUACCCGCACUUUACGUGCGCCGUCGAUACGGAGAACAUCAAGAGAGUGUUCAACGAUUGCCGGGACAUCAUCCAGCGGAUGCAUCUGCGCCAAUAUGAACUCUUGUGACUUCGUUCCUGCCGAUAUUUUCUAUCAUCAUCCAUUAACCUGACGAUCACGCUCGUCUUGCGCUUCGAGCUGCCGCAAUCGCUGCGAACUGAAUGAGCAAGUGAGUUAUGUCGCGAACCGUGGCCGCGAGAGUUCCGCACCUGGGAGUAUUCAGGUAACGCCUAGGGCUUCCUCGCGGAAGAGAAUCGGAAAGCCAUAGGACGAUCGGAAGAACGACCUCUCGUUCAUGGAGAACGCGUCAGCGUGCAAUACCGAGAGUGACUCUGCAUGAAUCGAUCGCGAUGCUUCUUCUCGACGAAAUUCGAGAAAAUAGACGAGAACUAGGACGGAGCGAUAUACCCUCGCCGCAUCACUCCCCGUGUGAAACCUGUCACGUACGAGAAGCGAGUUCCUUCUCGCGCGGAAUAAAUUUGCGCCAAACCGCGAGCGAGGCACAACGCGAGAUGAUCGCGCGCGUCGACACGCCGACCGAUCCCGGUCAUGGUGUCCUAGCACCGUGAGUCGCGAUUCGAUGAGAAACGAACGAGCGGCAGCCCCUCCAGACGGGCGUAUUCUCUCGCGAUCACUCGACCCUCCUUUGAGUUUGAUGGAAGAGUGUGCUGAACGCUCGUCGUCGUCCGGAUGACGGCGAGAACGAAACUCUCUCUCGCGCCGUUCGAUCGUGCGUGUGAAUCAUUACCUCGUUAAUUUUAUUCCUUACACGUGAUUCUGCUUUAUAGCGGAACGCGCGGAUCCUGUCAUAAGCGUGGGCCAACGUCGUCGUCGUCGUCGGAUGUGAUUCGAGGGAUGAUUUUCUCUGUUUAACACACUCUUGACGUGAAUUAUUAUCGUUCAUAUUAAAGUUAAGGAUAUUUCCUAAGACUUAGGCGAACCUCUCCGGUAAAAACAAAAAAAAAAAAAGAAAAAAGAAAGAAUUUUUUAUCAUUUUUUGACUUUCCUCUUUACUCAUUUCCGAAUCUCCGCUAUUACUUUUGCUCCUCGCCCCUCCGUAUAUUUCGCUUAGAAUCUCCGCAUUUCUUGUUUCUUUCAUUUUCUUUCAUUGAGCUUUUGACUUUCGAAUCUCGAUUCUUUUUAUUAUUACAUUGGCCCGACCCAUAAGAGUCUCAGCCGUGCCCUUUUUACGAGAAGAGUAUUUUGUGAGAUUUUACAGUAUUUCGAAGAACGUUUUAAUUAUAUAACUAUGUAUCGCGCGCGUGUGCGCGCGCGAGUAUAUGUACAGGGUGACCGUCCACGGAUUCUCAUCGUUUUAACAUGCGUUUCUUACGAUUGAGAUCUCUCACGGAUAUGGAUUUCCCUUUUUUUUCUCCGACAUCUAUACCACAAAUCGAGUUACUUUUUUUAAUUUCUUUGUACUUAGGCACGCGUGCUACCCGCAGUCGUAUCUGUAUCAAUCAUCUAUAUAUUCUAAUUCAAGAAAUGUGCCACGUUCAAGUUCUUCGUUAUUACGCACGCGAGUAUAAUUUCGUGAUACGUUGCACGCGCACGGGCGGCGUUUCGAGACUUGCGUAAGAGUAAUUGGUUUUCUUUCACCCCAGAAUUUGCAUCUCGCUUUCAGAGAAAUCGUUGCGCCCCGGUGAUACGUGGUAACGUGUACAAAUUUUUACGCUACUGACCCAACGAUGAAUCACGGUGAAUUGAUUUUUACGGUAAAUGUCCCGAAACGAGACAAGCGCCGAUGUGUGAAAAAAUCUUAUCGCAUCUUCGCGCAUCACUACAAUAGCAUUCCGCUUUCUUCGUCGUCGCUACUUGAACACUCUGCGUGCGGUAACCCACUCUCGCCAACUUGCUCUGGAUUCUGAUGAUCCUUUAGUCGAAAAAUAACGAAAUGCUUGCGCGCUAAUGACGUAUAUACAUAGAUCAAGCAAUGGAAGAAUUUUUAUCGAAGACAGCUAAUUAGCAGUUAUUCCAAUCACUUUCCUAUUGAAAUACAGAAAUCAAAUAUUUUUCCGCUACAAUAUUUAAAAGUAAAUCGCAAAUUUAUAAUUGUAUAUAAUAAUUUUAUAUAAAAAAAGAAAACUAUAUAUACAUAUAUUUUUUGUGAGAGAUAUGUACUAAGUCUGAAAAUUUGGCAUGCAUCAAAGAAAAAGAUUGGCCGCAUCUGUAUUAAUGAAGAGAAACGCAUCAUGUAUGAUUAACGAAAUCUUGCUAGCUUCAACAAUGACGGCGCAUAGAAAGGAAAGCAAGAUUUUGAAUAAGUCCUUAUACAUUUACAUUGUCAAUUACCGACUGAUUCUUGUUCCAGAAGAGAAUCGGGAAUCCUUGGUCUAUGUGCGUAUAUCAUUGUGUGCUCGCGUAUCAAGUUGUUUAGAGGGUUUAUGCAUAGAUGAUAUAGAUAUGUGGGGUAUAUUCUCUACAUAUACAUCAUCGUAUAUUUCGUCGCUUAUGUAAGAUCCGUGAUCGAGAGAGAAGAGAGUCCUAUAAAAUUGCGCACAUGUUCGCAUAUACAUACUUUAGACGUGUCGUUCAGUUAAUUUUUUAGCUUUAUAUUGACACAAGGAACUAAGAAGGAUCGAAAUAUUUGCAGUGAAAUUCUGAUUUGAAUUGAUUAAGAUUUCUCUCGAGAUUUAUUCAUGCUGUAGCUAUUUUAUAAUGACGAAUAUGGCAAUAAUAAAUCUGAAGUUCAUUGACGAUUCAUAAUCGCAAACCGCAACGCAUCUCUAUCUUAUUUCCAAUAGUCUAAAAGAAUCUUUUUUACAUAUUGUAGACUAAGGGUUAAUGCCGAUUACCGACUCGUCGUGAUUAUCGCAUAAAUAAUGGGAAUCAAAUCGAAGCAAGUAAAA